GGCCGUGGUGGCUGCCUGCGUGUGCUGGUGCAAGCUUGGUGCCUGCCGGGAGGUGCCUGCAGUGCCACCAAGGCUAAUAUUGGUAAGAAACCGGCCCACCACUUGUCCAGCCAGAGCAAUGGCAACCCUCCGAUCCGGCAAGCAGGUUGGCGGCAGCAAUGGCGGUGGCAGCGGCAGCAGUGGUGAGGUGGACGGCAGGGACAGAGGGGCAGUACAGGCUGCGGACAUCAAAGAGAAGAGGAACGCGCGGACAAGCAAGGUGGUAUUCGGUAGUCUGAUCCUGGACCUGCUCGGCUUCACGGUGGUGGUGCCUCUGUCUCCUGCUCUCCUCGACUGUUACUCAAAGCACGACUCCAGCGGCUUGUAUUCCUCUCUGCUCUCCUGUGUUACUUAUUACCAGCAUAUCAUCAGCGUUCCUGCGAGGUUCCACUCUGUCUUGUUUUGGUGCCUGGAGUUAACGCUGAUCUUCGCGACCCACCACAAGCAUAGUUACGACUCGUUGGCGCAGGACCGCAAGUUUUCCUUCCUGGGCCUGGUCAUGGCAAUUACACAGAGAGGGUUUAUGCGAAGUGUUAAGACUGGAACUGAAAAAGCAACUGCCAAUUAGGCACACACCUACAUUGUGAUGCAGCUCCUUGGAGGUGGAGAGCUGGCUGCCUCGGAGGAUCAGGAAACACGAGAGGUUCACAGAGGCUCGCCUCGGGCUUCGGUCGUCGUGAGGAACCUGGUGUCAGCAGUUCACUACGUGCACAGGAAAAGCAUCAGUGUUCACGGAGACCUAAAGCCAGACAGGGGUGAAAAGGGUUGGUGUUGAGGAUAGACAGAAAAGAAAAGAAAGGAAAGGUAAAAAAAGGAAGUUUUUUUGCAUUGAUUUUCCAUCUGCUUAUUUUAAAGAAUUUAUUGCAUGGAAUAUUAUUGAUCUCCAUCAUUUGUAUGGCCUUUAUAAUAAAAAGUAUGAAUUUA